AUGCAGUGCCACAAGUUUUGGGCAGCAUGUUCCCUUGGAUUUUACCUGUGGACUGCCAUGCUCUUCAAAGGAUCCUUGCAAGGAGAGUAUCAGAGGAGACUUUACAAGGAGCUGCUUGCCAACUACAACCGGCUGGAAAGACCAGUGGUCAAUGACUCAGCUGCCAUCCUGGUGGAGCUAGGCUUCACGCUUCUGCAGAUAAUAGAUGUGGAUGAGAAGAACCAAGUCCUGAUGACCAAUGCUUGGCUACAGCUGUACUGGACUGAUAUCUAUCUGAGCUGGAACCCAGAAAACUACCCUGGUGUUCAGAACCUGCGAUUCCCUUCUGAUCAGAUCUGGACUCCUGACAUCCUUCUCUAUAACAGUGCGGACGACCGCUUCGACGCUACCUUCCACACCAACGUUCUGGUUAAUGCAUCGGGUUACUGCCAGUACAUCCCCCCUGGCAUCUUGAAGAGCACUUGCUACAUUGAUGUACGCUGGUUCCCCUUCGAUGUGCAGAAGUGUGAUUUGAAGUUUGGCUCCUGGACGCACAAUGGUUGGCUGCUGGACCUCCAAAUGCUGGAUGUGGACACAUCCACCUACAUACCCAAUGGCGAGUGGGAUCUUGUAGGUGUCCCAGUCAAGCGCAACGAGCUGUACUAUGACUGUUGCAAGGAACCCUAUCCUGACGUGACCUUCACAGUCACCAUGCGCCGUAGAACACUUUAUUAUGGUCUGAAUUUGCUCAUCCCCUGUGUGCUUAUUUCUGGAUUGGCCCUGUUGGUGUUUCUGCUGCCUGCCGACUCAGGAGAAAAGAUAUCUCUAGGAAUCACUGUGCUUCUUUCGCUAACUGUCUUCAUGCUUCUGGUAGCUGAGAUCAUGCCGGCUACCUCUGACUCAGUUCCCCUCAUUGCUCAGUACUUUGCCAGCACCAUGAUGAUAGUAGGAAUGUCAGUGGUUGUGACUGUGAUCGUCCUGCAGUUUCAUCACCAUGACCCUCAGGGAGGCAAGAUGCCCAAGUGGGUUCGGGUGGUACUGUUGAACUGGUGUGCAUGGUUUCUGCGCAUGAAGCAACCGGGUGAUGAACGCAGACGUCCUGGAUACAAACACCGCCAUACUACCCAGCACCACUCUAGCACUAACUCAAUAGAGAUGGGUGCCAUUCCAAGCCUCUCCAUUCCGCUCUCCCAAACUUCCUGCCCACCGUGCACCUCAGGCACCUCCAAUGGUUCCAUGAGCCUCUACUUUGGCAGCUACCACCCAGUUGAAACUCCACAUUGCCCACCUUCCAGCGACUCUGGCGUAGCACUGGGUGGUCGUGCACACUGCUCCCCAGCAGAUGAGGGUGAACCCCCCGGUGUUUGUAGUAGUACUUUGGGAAUAGGUGCUGGUAUAGGAGAUAGGAUCCCUCCACCAGAGAUUCAGCGCAUCUUGGAGGAGGUGACCUUCAUUGCCCAGCGCUUCCGGGACCAGGAUGAGGCUGAGGCUAUUAGCAGUGAGUGGAAGUUUGCAGCAGCAGUGGUGGACCGUCUGUGCCUGGUGGCCUUCUCACUCUUCUCCAUCAUUUGCACCUUCACCAUCCUCAUGUCAGCACCCAACUUCAUAGAGGCUGUCUCCAAGGACUUUACAUAG